AUGGGGAGGAGAUGGAAGACGGGGAUGCGGCACUGGGAUGCGGAGGAGAUGGAAGACGGGGAGAUGGGGAGGCAGAGGAGAUGGGGAUGCGGCACUGAGAUGCGGAGGAGAUGGAAGAUGGGGAGAUGGGGAGGCGGAGGAGAUGGGGGAUGGGAGCCGACGGAGAUGGAGAGGUGGAUGCGGAUGGAUAGACUUCGUAAUCAGAUACAGUGUGAAGUAAUCAAGCGCCACCAUGACCGGAAGAGCCAUACUCUUCGUGCCGUUGAAGAUAACAAGGGCCGUGAAUGA